GUGCGGACGCGAAUAUUCGCCUCCCUAAGUGCGAUUGUGGUUCAUGGUGCAUUAUUUGAUUCGCCCGUGUGGGGCCCUCCGCAUAAACGUGAAUGCCUAGAUGGCACUCGCGAGACAAUCCUGGGAGAAAUAAAGACAGUGCUACAGGCAAGCAAUAGUACGCUGGUUUGGCUCUCUGGCUCUCCUGGGACAGGAAAAUCUGCGAUUGCUCACACAAUCGCCCGUCACCUCAAAAGCGAGUCGAGAUUGGCUGGGACAUUUUUCUUUAGCCGCAAACACAAGGAUAUGCCUGAUAUGGCCAGCCUUGAUUUCUUUGCCGCUACAUUGGCAUACCAAAUCUCAAAAUGGAAAAACCUCGCCAAAGACCCUUUGGUUCAAGCUAUCAGAUCCGACCCUGCUAUCCUUGAUCCAAGGAAGCCACUCGAUGAUCAGAUCCAAGAGCUGCUAAUUAAACCAUUGGAGAAUUUGGAGGCCUCAUGGGGGCGCUCAGAACCAAAGGUGCUUGUAAUUGACGCGGUUGAUGCAUGCGAAGAAGAUCGCAUCUACGAGCUCAUUUCAUGUCUUUCCACCCUCCUCCACCAACCACGUAUCCCGCGCUUGCACAUCGUCAUCACUGGUUGUCCUCUUCGCACUAUUGACGAUGCUUUUGCAGCUACUGGUUGCAAGGAGUCAAUACAUCAUAUCGCUCUCGAUAACAUUGAUGUUGCUGAAAUUCACAAGGAUUGUCGUCUCUUCUUCAAGAACGCUCUAGAGAGGAGCUACAGGAACCAUGGCUUUGAAUCGGGGCCCGAAGAUAAUACAAUCUGCCGUCUCGCUGAUAGGGCAAACGGACGGUUUGGAACCGCGUCAACGAUAAUGCGAUUCCUCGAUACCCGCCAUGACGAAGAAGACGAUUUCUAUGAAAAACUCGACGUUAUGAAGGAUCCUGGGAACGCGCAUCUACAUUCCACCAUAUUCCGUCUCUACGAGUUCAUCAUAAAUUCAUCAGAAAAUCCAAGCCGUGCAUACCGGCAUCUAUCCACGGUAGCCAAUCUCGCCGAACCUUUAGCAAUUUUCCACUUGCGAAAGCUCCUGGGAUGUUUAGAAAGCGAUUUCCUGUCCAUUCUCGCGUCGUUGUCCCCAAUAGUCAGUGUCCCUGUCGAUGACUCUCGCGUUGUGGAGGUUCUCCACAUAGAUUCACUUCGCACAUUUCUCUCGCGACAUGUGCCGCACACACCCCAGCUCCUUGCACGCUCCAGUUUGCGGAUUAUGAACGAAUCGUUCCUACAUCAAUCGUGUUUCAAAGAUGUACUGCAACGAAUGAUGAAGCAGGUUCCAGAAACUGCAAGUGAGCAAAACUUGCACAGCUCAUCAGCCCUCGAACACGCCUGCCAAUACUGGAGUUUGUAUCUCUCUCAGGCUCCGAUGGUCAUGGAUGGACGUUUACGCACAUUUCUUCGUAACUUUUGGCGGGGUAAGCUACUAUCUUGGUUUGAACGACAAUGGUACGUGGGGGGGUUAGAAUCAUGCAUAGCCAUCCUAGACAUUGCGCAGACCAUUGAUUUCAUCGAGUAA